AUGUCUUCAAGCUCGAGUUCACUGUCCGAGGUUGGUGUAACAGGGGGCUAUGAUGGAGACAGUCUCGCUUUAAAAGUCAUUAUUGCCUUUUUCCCUGGCCUUGCCAUGUACAAUGUGGUCGAGCUUUUGAUCCUUAUCCUGGGUUCCUUUAACCGAUUUAGUGGUCUAUAUUUCUGGAGCCUCAUCGUGUCUGGUCUCGGCAUCAUACCGUAUUCUCUUGGCUUUACCUUCAAGUUCUUCUCGAUCCUCACAGGCUCGGCGAGUUGGGUCCCCAUCUUUCUCCUCACGCUAGGAUGGUAUCCUAUGAUCACGGGUCAGUCGGUUGUUCUUUGGUCACGUCUUCAUCUUGUUGUUACUGGCCAAAGAGGACAUAAAAUCCUUCAGUGGACGAAAUGGAUGAUCAUUAUCGAUGCUGUCAUUCUACAUAUCCCUACAACAGUACUCACCAUUGGGUCCAACGGCAAGAGUAACACUCAGGUCUUCGCAAGAGGAUAUAAUGUCAUGGAAAAAGUGCAGAUGUGUGGGUUCUUUGUCCAGGAAGUAAUCCUCUCAUCUAUAUACAUCAUCGAGACGGUUCGCAUCCUUCGCUAUUCGAUACAAGGUACCACUCGACGACUUAUGAAUCAACUCAUCGCAAUCAACAUCCUCAUCAUAAUCAUGGACUUAGGUAUAUUGGCCCUCGAAUGUGCCUCACUAUAUAUACUUCAGAUCACCAUUAAGGCCGCGUUCUACUCUAUCAAACUAAAACUCGAAUUCGCCAUCCUUAGCAGGUUGGUACAGUAUGUAGGAGGACCUCGACAAGGUACCCGGCAGAUGUCGGUUAGCCUUUCGGAUAUGGAAGCACAGUCACAAUCUACCGCUGGUGGAGAGCAGCAUCGUGGUGCUGAAUAUGUCAAUUGGAAUGAGGCUGGAACGGGUCGGCCGCGGGCCUCUCAGCUAGUGAAAACGAGUGCAUUGUCCAAGCAAAUUGUAAGACAAGUUGAUAUCGAGAUUGAGGAGCUUGAGUAUGAUGAAACUACCUCUCCACCAGCGUGGACGUCAACUGCGAAUGACACCAAAGCAAGGUAG